AUGACACGACCCUCUCACCCUCGACCACCGAGUCUACCUCCGCGAUCAUGUCCCAAACCACCACGAUCACUUAAUGCUCUCGAAGCUCCCCCAGAUGUGCACUCACCCCCACCUUUGCCAACUCCCCUGCGGUCGUUUCUCAAUGACUCGUACGAGCUGAGCACGCACGUGGUCCCUGCCGCCUUCCCAAGGUCCACACCCGAUAUUCCGUUCCCUGAGAUGCCUACCUGGACUCCAGACAAGCAGGAAUGGAACGCGAAUGUGCGCAAGACUGCUGAUGCCAUGAUCGCACUGCGGGUGAAGCAAUGGAACGGCGAGCUCGAAUCCAAAGGCAGCCGGACGCCUCUGUGGGUAUGUGUGAACAGAAACAUUUCUGACGGUCCCACAGAUGAUUGGCGAGAUAACUCUCGCGACAUACUUCACUUCUUUCUGCAUUAUAUGCCUGCAUCAUGUUCGCCUAACAAGCUACCCAUCCAUUUGCCUCGCCUUGAUCCAACCGUUGCCGAGGGGCGCAGACUGCAUGGAUUCACGUCGCGCAUCAACGUUGGCAUUGGGCACUCGCUCGGUGGAUGCACCGUUACGCGCGCCGCAAUUACCGAGCCUGCUCUGUUCUCGUCCCUCAUACUCGUGGAUCCCAUGAUACGGCCACAUCCCAAGGGAGAACUGUCCAUUACAUCCGCCACAUACCAAUUCACGGUCGGUGCAAUAGCCAGACAGAUUCAUUGGCCCUCGCGUGAUGAUGCCCGCAAGAGGUUCCUAGCAUCGCCGUUCUUUGCCGCUUGGCAUCCCGCUGUGCUUGAGCUGUACCUAGAGUGUGGACUGUACGAUGAUCCCAAUGGUGGUGGCAGGCGCAGCACGUCCCUAGCCACACUUGACUAA